AUUAUGAGAAGAAACUUCACUUCAGUGAGUGAGUUCAUUCUCCUGGGACUGACCAAUCGUCUGGAAUUACAGAUUCUUUUCUUCAUGUUGUUCCUGGCAGUUUACAUGGUCACGGUGGUAGGGAAUCUGGGCAUGAUUUUAUUGAUCCAGCUCAAUGCCCAGCUCCACACACCCAUGUACUUUUUCCUGAGCCACUUAUCCUUUGUGGAUCUCUGCUUUUCCUCCAACGUGACUCCAAAGAUGCUGGAGAUUUUCCUGUCAGAGAAGAAAACCAUUUCCUAUUCUGCUUGUCUGGUACAGUGUUACUUCUUUAUUGCCUUGGUACAUGUGGAGAUCUACAUUCUGGCUGUGAUGGCCUUUGACCGAUACAUGGCCAUCUGCAACCCUCUACUUUAUGGCAGUCAAAUGUCCAAGAAUGUCUGUAGGUCUCUCAUCACUGUGCCUUACAUGUAUGGAGCACUCACUGGUCUGAUGGAGACCAUGUGGACCUACAACCUAGCCUUCUGUGGCCCCAAUGAGAUUAACCACUUCUACUGUGCUGACCCUCCACUGAUUAAGCUGGCUUGCUCUAAUACCUACAACAAAGAAACAUCGAUGUUUGUUGUGGCUGGGUGCAACUUGUCUUUUUCCCUUCUCAUUAUCCUUAUAUCCUAUCUUUAUAUUUUUCCUGCUAUCCUGAGGAUCCGCACGACAGGGGGCAGACGCAAAGCUUUUUCUACCUGUGGAUCUCAUAUGACCGCUGUCACCAUAUUCUAUGCAACUCUUUUUUUCAUGUAUCUCAGGCCACCAUCAAAGGAAUCAGUGGAACAGGGUAAAGUGGUGGCCGUAUUUUAUACCACUAUUAUUCCCAUGUUGAACCCCAUGAUUUAUAGCCUCAGGAAUAAAGAUGUGAAAGAAGCAUUAAACAAAGAGCUGUUGAGAAAUAAAAAACUGGUUUCUUAA